UCGAUCCAACGGUCGUAACCCCACCCGCACCGCUACACGGCUACAGCAGCACCAGCUCUCCCCAAAUCCACCUCCGCGCCGUGCGCCGCCGCCGUUCUCUUCUAGGUUUCCGGCGGUGAGCUGCUGAGACCGAGGAGUGCGCCACCGGGGCUCAGCCGUCGCCGCUUGAGAUGGCGGGGGCGCUCGCGGGAGCCGGGAUCGUGUGGCAGACGCCGGCCAACCCGCCCGAGGCGCAGGACUACAUCUUCCGCAACGGGCGGCGCUACGUGAGGCCCUAUUACUUCGAGUUCAUCUCCCAUGCGAAGAACAGAUGGGCUGGGAAGACCAUUGUAGAUCUCUUCACGGAUGAAUUCAAGGGGCGGCCCCGUGAAUACUAUGUUCAUGCAGUGAAGUGCGGGAGGCUUCAGGUGGAUGAGCAAAUGGUUGAAGAAGACUAUAUUGUGAAAUCAUCACAAAAGAUAAGCCAUUUCUUGCACAGGCACGAGCCACCAGUCUUGGGUGGUAAUAUUGUAAUCCUUCAGAAUGAAGUUGAUGUUGUAACUGUUUGCAAACCGGCAUCUGUUCCAGUUCAUCCCUGUGGACAGUACCGUAAAAACACCGUAGUAGGCAUUAUGGAGGCAGAACAUGGAUUGACGCCCCUAUUUCCUGUGCAUCGGUUAGACCGGUUAGUUUCAGGUCUACUUAUAUUCGCUAAAAGUGCUGAGCGAGCAGAAUGUUUCAGGCAACAGAUAGAAGCUAAUUUGCUGCAGAAAGAAUAUGUAGCCAAAGUUGUUGGUGUAUUUCCUGAAGGCGAGCAAACUGUUGACGCUAAUGUAAACUUCAAUGCACGGGAAGGAAGGAGCACUGUUGAGCCACAGGUUUCUAACGGUCCUGGUAAAGCCCUCCCAAGUGGAAAACAAGCAUGCACCAAGUUUCAGAGGAUUUGCACUGAUGGGAACCACAGCAUUGUCUUGUGCAAACCUGUCACUGGCCGAACUCACCAGAUACGGGUGCAUCUAAAACACCUUGGUUACCCAAUAGCUAAUGAUGAGCUCUAUGUUUCGGGGGAUUUUUGUCCGCGUUCAUCAAAGGGGACGAGUAUCCAUAGGGCAACCUCACUAGCGUGCUCAUUGCCAUCAUCAGAUCCUGGCAACGGUGCUGAAGCUGAUUUGGAAUUUGGUAUUGACCCAAUGUGUACGAAUUGUCCAAAUCUCGCUCCUGUCGGUUAUGAUGGCGACGAGGAGGGACUAUGGCUGCAUUGUGUGCGAUAUACUGGCCCCGAUUGGUGCUAUGAAUGCCCAUAUCCUGACUGGGCAUCCCUUGACAAUGUGUCAGGGAAGAAAAUGAAGUCUGAUGUACCACCAGAAAAUUAAGUCGAGAAAGCAAACGACAUCUUGAUGGUAGCCCGCCAACUAGUAUGGCUGAAAUUUUGGAUGCCUAUGAUCACUUUGAUGCCCAUGGUACUAUUGUCUUGUCACUUUUGGAUGUAACUCUUUCUAAAGAUGUAUGUGGUUCACGUGGUAUAUCCUAGUUAAGUUUCCUCUUAGAUAAUUUAGUCAGGUUGGUUUUAUACCAACAUUUCUCUAUGUAAGGUUUACAUAACAUAAUAUCCAUCUCCCCUGCAAAAAGACAAACAUUAUAUCCAUCUGAAUUUUUUACCA